AUGGACGCGCAACUGCCGGACACAAGCAUGUGCGUUCAUUUGUACACACGUGUGCCCGCGCAUAUCCACCUCCACAUGAGUAUCCGCACAUACCAGCCCGCGGGCGUAGAACACGAAUGGAGCCGUCACGGAGUGUGUGCGAUUCGAAAUAAUCCCAAGUUGACCUCACAGCGACAAUACUUCAAGGCGGCGAUGGAUUUGUUCCGCAAGUACGAGCCUCUCAAGGUGUGGAAGACACACAACAUCGACGUCCCCAGUAACUCGAAGACAUUCAACAUGGACUCUCUCAUUGGUGCCUACAAAGAUUCCUUCGGUGUUACGCCCGUGAUCGCGUGUGGUCGCCAAUCACAAGAUCGACAACAUAUUGGACAAGUCACAGUCUGCAUCAACAAAGAUCUGACUAUCCGCGAGUGUCCCGAAGCCAUACAACGCCGCUCAUGUCCACAGCAUUCGGCUGUGAAGCUGCCAAUUCUCAACUACAAGUAG